AUGAACAGCUGCAAACUGUGGGGUAAGGACAAUGAUCACACAGCUGUCAGCGAUCCACUCUGUUUUUAAUGACCAUAACAGGACAUACUUAUCCACAGCCAUAACCAAACUGAUGCACAACUUGGCAACUCUGAUGUCUUUAAGAUUUCCAUCAGGUUAAAUACCACAAAUAACUUUGUAAAUACCUGUCCGUAUAUGUCAAUGUGUGUGCACACUUAAACCAAUGUUUAUGCAUGCAUGCUUUAGCAGAGCAAUGUAUUCAAGUGCAGAUAUUUAUAAGGUCAGUAAUCCCCUAAAGGAAGAUGGAUGACUUGGAAAUGUCUUCUCUAAAGAGACUAUUCCCAUGACUGACAAACCGCGCCACCUACUUUUUGGAGACUUGUGCCUGACAUGAAUUACAAACACCUAGAGGCCAUCUUGAAGGAUGCCAUUCCUUUAAGUGGACACAGACACUUUUUAGUUAAGAAUGGACAAACACAUUUUUCUAUUGUACUCCACCUGCUCCCUAGAAAUACAAUGUCGACCACAAUUUUUUAAAUGAGUUUGAUUUUGAGUCAUGAGUUUGAAGCAUGAUUCUGUGUGUCUUGUAAUAGUGCAUUUUAUACGGUUGUGUUUGCAUGCAUUGUUCUGCAUCCAAUUACUGUGCAUCCUCAUGCACUCAUACAUGUGCCUGUGUGUGUUAAAAAGAGCACCGUUUUUUAAUAAUAGCCACUUUACUAACACUGACAUCAUUGCUGCAGUCAGAGUGGAACAGGCGGGCGGGGUUUGUCUCUCACAGGACCUCACACUGGCUCUCUGACCAGUUCACUAAACUUAAAAAUCAAAAACACGCUGCUUUAAUGGCGCAGAGGGACUGUGUGUGUUUCCCAGAACAAGCCCAGCUCACUCAUGCCUGUGUGUCUGUGAAUUUUUCCUGUUUAUCUCAUUGUAUUUGUUGUCUUGUAGUAAGCACAAAUUUUGUCUGAUGUGCUGGCAUCUCAGACCACCAGACAAACCAAAAGUGCAUCUGCAAAGAAGUCAUGUUGAAACAUGUAGUUGCACUUAUUUCUAAAAUCAUACUAGAGGAUGAUCUUUCCCUGCAAACUUAACACACAUGUUCUGACGCCCACAGACAGCCGGCCAGAGAGCAGAUGCACAACUUGUGUUCUCACGCCCACUUGGACAAAAAUGCAAUGAACAAACGUGUAUUUAUCAACUGCACUAAUCCUACUGUGAAGUGCUUAUAGAUGUCAUGACUAAGGAAUUUUGGAAACAUCUGAAAAGUUGCCCACAUGGAUCUACAUACCUCUGUAUUUCUUUGGGCCUCUUUAUUUUUUCCCUGUUUGUAAGGUAAAUGUAUAAUGUUUCUGUUUGCUUGAGUGCUCAAUGAUUGUGUUCCCCUGACACAGGUCGAGCUGGAUAUUAUGUCAUAACUUGGGAAUGUUUUGGCAAAAAAAAAGGAAAAGACUUGGAACAGAGACAAGUUUUAGUUUGAGGUCUCUCACAUGCAAGCCUGUGCUGGAUGAGGACAUCAGUAUGAGACAGUCUCAUAGCAAUUGCUUCCAAUUAUAAAAUUCACAUCUGGCCUCAUGCUGCACUUGAUCACAAAUUAGAUCACUGAUGUCUUCUACAACUCCACUCUAAGUGUUUGACGGCUUUAUGAAACUGAUAACAAAGCUCCCUUUUUUGACAGAACCACAAAGCUCAUAUCUGACAAUACUUGGCUCCAACUUAGAAGAUCCUAAUUUCCUGUCCUUAAAAUGGAAUACGUUUACACAUGCAGUUAAACUGAGCUUCAGUUAAACUCAAUUAGACAAUUUAACUGGACUAUUGUCCCAGUAUCCCAGUAUACAAGCACCAGGUGAGAAUUUUUAUAUUGACCAAUUAGUCUGCCUCGGCUACAGUAGGUCAUGAUAUGCACCCUUUAAGCUUGUUACGAUUGGUCUGUCUACAGGUUGAUCAAUUUCAUCAUGUACCAAAAUAGACGCACUUGGAAAUGAGAUGUUUGAUCUCAACAUGUUGAGAUAAAAUAAAAAUCAAAUUAAAAAAAUGAGUGUACCAAAAUAAUUGACAACCAUGUUAGCAAGAGGCUAAAGGGUUUUAUGUUGAGUAAUGAAAACAAUGACAACCUUACAACUUUAUACCUUUUGUACACAGCACAGCUUUGUCUUUUUUUAUGUCCCCUCUUCUUCUCUUGAGGUUGCGUUUACCACCUGGCUUUGUCGCAUUUAUGCUGUUCAACUUCCAGCUCAAAGCAGGUCAAGCAACUGUAAGACAUGAACACUCAGGCAUCAGUUUCAGUUUGAUUGAGUCAUAUACAUGAAAGCAAAAUCAGUCCCCUACAGCAUGAUCCAGAGAUGUUCAAUUUAGUGUGCUGUCAGCCAGACUAAUGUAUUAACCUAUUCUUUAAAAGUCCAGGCUCAGUCGGACGAAGGGCUGUCACUUUAAUUCAAAUCUUCAUUUGAAUUCUGGAGGAAAGUUCAUAUUCCAACAGUAAUAAACUUGUAAUAACAGAACACUGGCACAUCUGACCCAUCAAAUGCUGAUAAAAUAGUUUUAUACUGCUUUGCAGAUACUGCCAUUAGUCACCAAAAUAUUACAACGCUCAGUUCAGAAACUUGAGAGAUGAGAGGUGCUCUUCAUUACAGUCCACAAAUUACAACAUUUGAAGGUCAGAGUAUAGGGAGAUGUUCUCAAUAAAAAUGUCAUGUAUCUAAAUUCACUAACCACAAAACUGAGACAAACAAAGGGGUAUCUGUAAAGGAACACAUCUCAUCUCACUAUACUCUGUAAGAAGUGGAGUAAUGGUCUGUUUUGGAUUACAGACACAUUAUCCACUCUAUAAUCACCAGACUCCUUGUAUCAGUCUACAUAUUUGGGGAUCAAUAAAGUUCUUGUGUUUUAUUGUAUUCAGAUUUAUCACAGGUGACAGUGAUUCCACUGAUAGUUGCAUUUUGCUGCAAAUGUAGCCGAUCAUCUUUGGCCGACAGACAUGACAGGCAUCGGUUGUUUCUGAUUUAUAGAGCUCUCAUCUGGAAAACAUGACGUCCAACAUCACUACUUGAUUGAACAGGUACAAUACUUAUGAUCAUACUUAAGUGACUGGCUACUGCCCAAAAUUCCUCAAGCAAUCACAAACACUGGGAAAACAUCCUCUAGCUUUAGUGCAGUGAACACUUUGACACAAUGAAACUCAAUACACAUGUUGCUAUUAGCUAUAUCUACUAUCUAUAUACUUUGCUGAUGCAUAAAACUGUUUUUACUGUAGUAUAUGCCCUUCUGUCUCUACAAGCUUGUCUUUUCUUCUUUUCUGUCUGCGACCAAUAGUUUUCCACUUUUUGGUUUUGAUUGUACACCCAACAUCAUUGCAAAUGAAGGUAUGCCUUCAUUUGAUUCCUUUGGACUAAAUAAAGGUCAGAUGAAUAAAUGAAUUGAAUUUAUAGGCAACACAGGACAGACAUCUUUCUAAUUGUUUGUGUUUGUGUUUUCAGAUGUGAAGAUGUGGGCGUUGAUGGGAGUAGUCUGUCUUUGCCACUGUAUCUUUGGACAGCUGUUUGACACCAAAGUGAAAGGAGCUCCACGUCUGAUCUGCAGUGUUCCCGGGUCACCAGGCCCAUCUGGCAAACCCGGUCCCAGUGGGCCUCCCGGAGCAGAUGGGAAUGUGGGUAUCCCUGGAAGAGAUGGCAGAGAUGGCAGGAAGGGUGAAAAGGGAGAAAAGGGAGACGCAGGUAUAAUAUAAACCAUAACAUGCAGAUAAAUAACAACCACAUCCCUUUGCCAGAGGAAAGCUGGGGAUGAAAAGUUUCCAAACUUCACAGCUGGCAUUUAGAUGACUCAUGAAUUCCAAAGAAAAUCUAUGACCAUGAAUAUCAUAGUUAUGAAAGGAUGCUGCAUAUAAACCACACAGGAGAUGUUUGAGUAAGCACCCCAAGAAGACUUAGAAAUAAAAAAUAAACCUGUGUGAUCAGACCUCAGGGGUUUGACUCCCCUUGAGGAGCAGACUCUUCAUCACUGAAAGAAAUAACUUUAAUCACAAACAUGUAUGCAGGUAUUUUCCUCAGAUUCAACACAAAACAACAGAACCACGAAAAAAAAAGAUAGACAGAUAGAUAGUUCUUGAUCAUCAAACUAUGAGCGUGGUCUAGACCUGCUCUUGUUCUUUGAAAAGCGUCUUGAGAUGACGACUGUUGUGAAUUGGCGCUAUAUAAAUAAAAUUUGAUUGAUGAUUGAUUGAUUUGAGAUAGAUAGAUAGAUAGAUAGAUAGAUAGAUAGAUAGAUAGAUAGAUAGAUAGAUAGAUAGAUAGAUAGAUAGAUAGAUAGAUAGAUAGAUAGAUAGAUAGAUAGAUAGAUUUUUGUUCCUUCAAUAAUUUUGUUUUUUUUUUUGUUUGUGUUUUGUAGCACACUGAUUUAUUUAUAGAUAGUGAGUGUCUAUUUUUUUCCUUUUCUCAUAGUUCACAUCCGUAACAAUCAUACAAAAAGGUUUUACAAUAAGACGUUCUCAUUUCUAUAAAAUUAUCCACGUGCGCUGCAUGAGCCCCAUGAUCAUUGUGUAGUUUUUUGUGCCGUGCAAAAAAAAAAAGAUUUAUUAUGUUUCUUUCAUUUGCAGCCCAAAAAUUCUUUUCAGGUAAAGCUGCCAUAAUGUUGAGAAAUAUUUGGAAGAAUUGUGUCUGUCUGUCUCAUUCAUCUGUCCUGUACUGUAUCAUCUGUGCAGCUCGAGGCACAGUAAAUCUGUCAGUGUAAAAUAAACUUCAUUUACCUUGGUUUCCAUUAUGUGUGGGAACCGGAAUUCAGCUGCGCACCUCCUUAUGGACAUCAAACUACAUAUUUAGAAUGUUGCACAAGCAUACUGUGUGGUUCACUUGUUUCCUAGCUACAGGGAAUUUUCUCUGCUGUGAGCUGGAUGUAGAAUAGUUUGCAUGAAUCCAGCCAAAACUGUGCUGUUCAAAUGUCAAGUGGCCGUGCUCCAAGGUUGAGAUAAUGCAUGACACUGGGUGUGGUUUAAGGUUUCCACUGACAGAUACUUUAAGAGUCAAUAAUACCACAACAGAAACAAAAACAUGAGGCAAAAACCGACAAAAGAGAUCCAUCAUUCUUUACAUAACUGUGCUGAGUUCAUGAUUCGGUGUUUCUCUGUUGUAGGAUUGAAAGGAAGGGUCGGCCCGACAGGUAAAAUUGGAGCCCGAGGUGAACGCGGCCCUGCAGGUAAAAGAGGCCCCGCAGGAGGGGGUGGAGACGUGGGGUUACAUGGUCCCCCGGGUCAUGAAGGAGAGAAAGGGGACAAGGGUGCUCGAGGACCAAAGGGAACUGCAGGAAUCUGCAAGUGUGGCAGUCUGCUGCCUAAAUCUGCCUUCUCUGUGGGAAUCACCAGCAGCUACCCUGAAGAGAAAACCCCCAUCAAGUUCAACAAGAUCCUGUUUAAUGAGGGCGGACACUACAACCCUCAGACGGGCAAGUUUAUCUGUGCAUACCCAGGCAUUUAUUAUUUCUCUUAUGACAUUACACUGGCCAACAAACACCUGGCCAUUGGCUUAGUGCAGAACGGUCAGUACCGCAUCAAAACCUUUGAUGCCAACACAGGGAACCAUGAUGUAGCUUCAGGAUCCACUGUGAUGUACCUGAAUCCCGAAGAUGAGGUGUGGCUGGAGAUCUUCUUCAAGGAUCAGAAUGGUUUAUUUGCAGACCCGGGCUGGGCUGACAGUUUGUUCUCCGGCUUCCUUCUCUAUGCAGACACAGACUACUUUGACGCACUUGCAGAGGACUAUGCAUAG